GGCCCACGUCCGCUCAUGGACCUGCUGCAGGCUGGCGGAGGCCCGCUUCAGCAGCGGCUGUGUGCCACCCCACAGGGCGGCCACCAGCACCAGAGCCAGCACCUGCCCUGGAGGGAGAUGCGAGUGACCCUCAUCCCCGACAAAGGGCCACCCGCCGGGCCCAGCCCUUCUCGGGCCUCUUUUCCCCCGUCAGCCACCCCCACAUCCCUCCCUCGCUCUCCGACGCCCCGGGUGCGACUGGUGGGUAGGAAAGGCCCCGGGGGGCGGGUGGAUGGAUCCGGCGGCCCGGAGAUUGGGGAUCGGGCGGAGAUCAAGUUCAGGGAGGGGAGGCGAAGCGGCAGAGGAACCCCGGGUAGGGUCUGGGAAGCCCCGAAAGGGGUGGGACCGCCUACCCACCAAAGGACGCCGCCAUGGCAACGCCGCUCUGGCCCACUUCCGGGGGCGAAGGGGCGGAGACCCAUAAUCCGGAAGUGGCGCCAAAGCCUCUUCCGGUCCUACUCACGUUGCCGCUUCCCUCGCGUCAACGCCAGGAUGAAGCCCAUCCUGCUGCAGGGCCAUGAACGAUCCAUUACGCAGAUUAAGUACAACCGCGAGGGAGACCUCCUCUUCACGGUGGCCAAGGACCCUAUUGUCAAUGUGUGGUACUCCGUGAAUGGUGAGAGGCUGGGCACUUACAUGGGCCAUAGUGGAGCUGUGUGGUGUGUAGACGCUGACUGGGACACCAAACAUGUCCUUACCGGCUCAGCUGAUAAUAGCUGUCGUCUCUGGGACUGUGAAACAGGGAAGCAGCUGGCCCUACUCAAGACCAAUUCAGCUGUCCGGACGUGUGGCUUUGAUUUUGGGGGCAACAUCAUCAUGUUCUCCACGGACAAACAGAUGGGCUACCAGUGCUUUGUGAGCUUCUUUGACCUGCGGGAUCCAAGCCAAAUCGACAACAAUGAGCCCUACAUGAAGAUCCCUUGCAACGACUCCAAGAUCACUAGUGCUGUUUGGGGACCCCUGGGGGAGUGCAUCAUCGCGGGUCAUGAAGGCGGGGAGCUCAACCAGUAUAGCGCCAAGUCUGGAGAAGUACUGGUGAAUGUUAAGGAGCACUCCCGGCAGAUCAAUGAUAUCCAGUUAUCCAGGGACAUGACCAUGUUUGUCACUGCUUCCAAGGACAACACAGCUAAGCUCUUUGACUCCACAACUCUUGAACACCAGAAGACUUUCCGGACAGAACGUCCAGUCAACUCAGCUGCCCUCUCUCCCAACUAUGACCAUGUGGUGCUGGGUGGUGGUCAGGAAGCCAUGGAUGUAACCACCACCUCCACCAGGAUUGGCAAGUUUGAAGCCAGGUUUUUCCACUUGGCCUUUGAAGAAGAGUUUGGAAGAGUCAAGGGUCACUUCGGACCCAUCAACAGCGUUGCCUUCCAUCCCGAUGGCAAGAGCUAUAGCAGCGGCGGUGAAGAUGGUUAUGUCCGCAUCCACUACUUCGACCCACAGUACUUUGAAUUUGAGUUUGAGGCUUAAGAAGCUUGGAUCUCCAUCAGGGCCAGGGGAAAUUUCUGGGCCAGGGCUCACAAAGUUUUGGACUCUGAGAAGUAAAUUAGUUUGGAAAUAA